UUUUUUGCUCCGUAGGAAGAGAGGAGAAAUAGCGAAGCUCUGGAUUCCACCUCUUCCCGUCCUUGGCGACGGUGCUUAUGCCGAUUGCACCGGGCUUGGAUUUAAAGGGAUUUAGUUUCCUUUUGAAGACAUGGAACAAGUGUGCUUCUGGUCAAAUUGCUACCUUUUCCGGGUGUUCUCAUUCCAAGAAGUACUUGACUGGCGGUUUCUCGUCCAUGGAGAUUUUCUUUUGGUUUCUUUUGUCAAUUGCACUUAGUGCCCAGUCUCUUUUCAAUACUCAACAGAGGAGGCGUAAUGCAUGUUAUUUCUGACAUAGGUGUUGGAUCUUUAGCGCACUUCUACAAUGCAUUGCUGAUACAACAUCCAGUCACAAAUUUUGAGAAAACGCCUUCCAGGAUUGAACUCUUGCAGUAGACAGUUGAAGGUUGCUUACUAAGCAUUAGCAGACUGUAGCUCUUAGUUAAUGUUUCGAUAUUGCUCUUGAUGGGUACUGGUUAAUGUUGAGAUAUUGGUUUACUGAGCAUUCUGCAACAGUUUCUAUUUAGCAUAGAUGAGUUAACUGCAAUUAAGCUUUUGAACCGAGUGAGUGUAUCUUGAGCUUGGGGUCCUUCCUGUUGGCUGGAGCAAGCAUUCUGGUCGGUUCGUAUCAGUAUGUUUUGUGGAGCACAUCUGUACCUUUUGUGGAUGCCUUGUUUUAGUCUUCAAGCUGUGGGUUUAGUACCAAAUAAGGGUGUGAAGCCCAUCCAUCGUAAAAGUUCUGGUUUUGUGCCCUUGCAUGUUGCCAGAGGAAAUUAAUGGUGGAUUCAGCUGACCAGCAAGGCAGUUUGUUUAUGUUUUAUAGUUUUUAAUACUAGCAAUCUUCUGCUGAAGAUAAAUGUCACAUGUCUAUCGUUGGUUCUUAUAGAUCUCUUGAAUAAAGGAAGGGCUUCUUUUGUUCCGCAAGAAAAUGGAGAGGUACAAGCUAAUUAAGGAAGUUGGUGAUGGAACAUUUGGUAGUGUGUGGCGAGCUAUAAAUAAGUUGUCUGGUGAAGUUGU